UGAAAGUGAGUUUGGUGGUGUGUCGUUUAAGUACUUCCUGUAAUGGUGGAAACUACAUUUUUAAACACGCACAGACGCAUUUAUCGGCUUGUUGUUUUUUGCAUGAAUUUUCUAGGAGGAUUCAGUCGUGACCGUCUGUCUGGAUCACAGAGGUACUAAAAACAAGCGUCCCUCUAGCAUACGCGGAAGAACCUGCAGAUACUUCUGCCGCUGUGCUUCGGUGAUGGAUGCACUGCUCUAAUACUUUCACACAGAUUCACACACAGCACGCGUAGACGUGUGCAGCUUAAAACGUUUAUUUGUGCUGUAACAAGGAGCCGAAUCCAGUGAGAGAUGGAGAGCUGCGACUUCCAGAAUCAGCUGCUGUCCGUCAUGGAAGUCCUGGCCAAGGCGGCUGUAGCUGAGAUAAACCGGCGUGUGGACCAGAGCUGCACGGUGCUCAGGCUGGAGGUGAGCCAGAGCCGGCGGGACAUCGACCUGCUGAAGAGCAAGUGUGAGGUGAUGGAGGCAGAGCUGAGGAAGAGCCGGAUGAGGGCCAGGAGAAAAGUGUUUAACAAUCCAUCAGCGGGGAGAUUCUCUCCUCUGGUCAAAGUAGUUCUCAACAAGGAAACUCAGAGCUCACAUUGGGACACACCGGUGGAAGCUCAGGCUCCAGAUCAACCCCAGCAGUGUGCUGAGGCCGUGGAGCUUGCUAAUGGGCCUGAUCACAUACGGAUCAAAGAGGAGUGUGCAGAAGAGGAUAUGUGGAAAAAUGAUGCAGAGGACAGACCGAUCUCUGGAGCCGAGCAUCAGCCGUAUUUCGACACAACAAAACCUGCCCAGGGCGACAGCUUUGUGGAGCUUUACCACUCGGCUGAAAACCCGGCCCUCUCUGAAGAUCUGGUUUCCCAAGUAGACGGCUACAGCAUUUUCCCAGAACAGCAGCUGAACAGCGGCCAAAAUGAUAUCGAACUCAUAGUGAAACACGAGAAAGAGGAAGAGGCGGAUGAGGACGCAGCUCCACUCGGUUCAGCCCACACGUUUGUGACAGAGACAGCUGAGGGGCAGCUGUGGCCAUCCAGCGUGUGCAGAGACACGGGGGACCCAGGUGUCCCGUACACCGGGCAGCAGUUUGAGCAGAUUCCUGCUGCAUUUGCAUCUUCAGCCCUGUUGCAUUUGGAGGAUGUGGCACCCAGAGUUCACUCUGUUGGGAAAUUAAAUUCUGUUGUGCUGAGUUCCUUACGACUGAAAAGACGAGGCAGAAGUUUGGGAUGUAAGAGGCCACAGUCAGAGGAAGGACAAAACUCUGCAUCUCAGAUUAACUCCACAGAUCCCACCUUGAUUCCUCAACAGUUACAGAGCUGUACUCAAACGAGUAAUCCAGACGAGAGCCGGACUGGGCCGAACCCCGCAGGCCCCUUCGCCACACACAGAGUUGGAGGCAGUUUGAGCCUGGCGAGGAGGAUGAGGACGCCCUGGAGGUCCGGGCUCGGCGAGAAGCGGUUCAGUUGCACGUACUGCGACAAAAGCUUCACCAGGUUCAGCCAGCUCAAAGAGCACCUGAGGAGUCACACGGGCGAGAAGCCGUUCAGCUGCAUGCAGUGCGGCCGGAGCUUCACCAAACAGUGCAACCUCAUCAGACACGCGGUGGUCCACAGCGGGGAGAAGCCCUACGAGUGCUCGCUGUGCGGGAAGUGCUUCACCCAGCGCUCCAGCCUCAAGUCUCAUCAGAAAACAGCACACUUAUAAUGUUUAUUUUAAACAACCACUGCCCGUGUGGAGAACUUAAUAAUUGGUUUUGUUUUUGUGAUGUUACAUAUACACAUAAAUUUAGACUGAGUGGUACAGAAUUAUAAAACUACAGUCAAGUUUAUGGCCCGGCUAAUGUGUUUCCAUCAGGCGCCACACAGGCUGCAUGGAAAAGAUGGAUUGUGGAAAGUUGGUGUUUUAUCUUUUUAUGUUUAUUUUUCUUUUUUUAAGCCAGCUGUGGUGAGUAAAGGGUGGAAAUAAACUCAUCAACUCCUCAAACAUGCCCCGUAUAACACAUCUGUUUUACUCCAACUAGGAACAAAUUUAUUCAGUGAGACAUAAACUCAGUGUUUAUGAAAUGUUUAUUGAGGUCACAAACCGAGUAAAACUGAGUUCUUUUUUUUAUAGUCGCCCUCUACUGGCUUUUAAAAAGAAUGCAGGUUUAAAGCACUUCUCCAAUGGCUUAAAAUUCAGACCUGAAGCAUAUGUCAAUCUUUCAUAUACAGUCUGUAAUCAGACUGCAGUACUAAUGCUAGCUUCAGUCCUUUUAAUCACUGGUUUCAAAUCACCUUAAAGACUCAUGAAACGUAGCUUUAUGUGUUAAUCCAUCAGCCUUAAUGAGAGGCUAAUGAAAAGCUAAAGAGACUUUCUACCUGCCAUUCUUCUCUCUUCAUCUUCAACCGUGUUGUUUUUCCUAAAUGACCAAUUUCAUAUUCAUUGCCUUAUUACAUGUAACUUAUGUUAAUUUAAUCCUGAUAAGUUUUUCCCUGCAGAGCCCAAACUGCAAAUUUGAAAAGUAAAUAAAGUUGCUCUGCAUUUGAACUUGGUCCUUGAACACAUCUUUGAACACAUCUCAGCCCUAUCAGAGAUUAGAUCGGUGUCUGGUGUUUCCAUUAAACAUCAAAGUUACUUGUGCUGGAGGUAAACCAAAGAAGUACCAAAAAACUGAUGGGCCGUCAGAGGGUAGAAGAAGAGAUUGUCUGGCUCUAACAAAAGCAGUAAUCCCUGCACCCCCCUCCCCUCCCAUGUUGUUGUUUUUACAUUUUCAAGCACAAUGUCAGUGUUUUUAUAAGCUGGAAAUCAUUUGAUUAUAAAUUAGGUAUGUUUUAAAUAACUUCUUACAACUGCAAACU